CUGAGGAAGACACGGGGCGGGGUCCCCCCAGAGCCCCGAGGGGCCGGAGGGUCGAGGGGAGCGCAAGUGUCUGCCCGGAUGACCCACGUACCGCUCUGUAACCGAGCCAGAAACGCAAGGUGUCCCUUGUGUCCUCAGCCCCGGAGCAGCCGACUUCCUUUCUGGGUCCAGUCCAGGCUUCAGGGCUACAACCCACCUCAAAAGCAAAGUAACCGAAAAAGUACCUCGAUUUUGCAGUAUUUUCCACACCGCAUGCACACGGAAUUGGAUCACUAAUUAAUAGGUAUUGUUUGUUAGAACCUUCGUCGUUUUAGGCCGUUUCAUUUCGUUUCAGGCUGCACAUUCAGAGCUCGAGUUGAUGCUCCUGGCUCCUGCCUCACUCCAGCUGUGUCCCGUUACUGCUCUCUGAAAUCCAGAGCCGCCCCCCUCCUGAUUCAGGAAUGUUCAGACAUGUGCACCUGCUAAAUAGCCUUGUCAAGUAGCAAAAUGGUAGUGCUCCACUCGCCUGCACAUAUGGAAGCCAGACGUUCUUAUGCCACAGGACUGCAGCAUACCAAGGAUUGACUUUGGACACAUUCUCCAAGCGGCAGGCCUCACAGAACUGCAGCCUAGGAAGCUCAGAGAGGGCCCAACUGAGGGUGAGAGGGGCUGAUAUAUAAAAAACUAAGAUUUACAGGGCACCGAAGUACCUGUUAAGCAGGUUAUAUGCAUCGCCACAGUACUUGCCAGAACUCUGUGUGAUAGAUAACUUGCAUCAGCAUUUUGCAGGUUGAUAAACAGGCCAAGCUAAUCCAGUGGGCAAUGGCAAAGCUGGAUUUCAGAACAGGUCUACUUGAUGCUGAUAUUUACUGCUACCAUGUACUGGCUCUCCGUGUUCUUCUGCCUUAUAUCUAGAAUCAACUGGGAAGCGAUCUAGAAAAAGUUUUCUAAUGCACACUUAAAAGAGUGUACAGGAUUGCACUGCUACACAGAUCUUCUGGAGAAGGCUUCUUCCAUUAACGUUACCACCUUACACGUGGCCACAGUGUUUUUCUUCCAAAUGGGGGUUGUUUCAGACUUUAUUCAUGCAAAAGGUGAAUAUUACUUUGUGAUCAGAAGUGGGAUCCGGAGAAGACCCCCAGCAACUCUCAGGCGGGUGAGCAAACAGAUGCUACAGAGCCAAUGGAGUUCGCCGCUUAGUUGCCAACCCUGGAGUUUGAGGCAGGACCCAGCAGCGGAGGCCGAAAGCUGGGUCCUCGCGGCGCGGGCCCGACGCCCGAGGCCCGAGGCCGGCCUCCCAACGCGCAGCCCGGACCCGCGUGGCCGUCCCGCCGGGCCCCAGCGCGGGGCGCCCCGCCUUUCCAGGCCGACGGCGGCCAUGGCGGCCAGACAGAUCCCGGCGUGGGCACGCGCCGCGCUCAGGACGCAACCGCAAGCAGCUCUGCCUCCGAAACUUCUCUGGGUCGGGGGAGGGUUCCGACGGCACCUCUGCUUAACCCUCUGCUCCGCUUCUAAAGAAGACCGCGGACGCUCCGGGCGCUGCUCGCAAGGCGGACUAGAGGGAGCGGCGAGCAGUCGGGAGAGUGAAGAGUUAACGGCGGCCGAGAGGCGGAUCGCAGACCUGCACGCAGCCGCGUGCGCGGCUGGCCAGCUAAACUACACGGAUCCAGCCACUGGCUAUCUGGUGCUUACAGGGCUUGCCCACUUGCAGAGAGGCAAAUGCUGCGGGUCUGCCUGCAGACACUGUCCAUAUGGUCAAGUCAAUGUUAAGGAUCCAUCGAAAAGGAAGAAAUUCAAUUCAUAUUUUUAUGUUUGACAACAAUUUCUUCUCUGUUCUCCAUCUUAUUGAGCCUGUAUUUAGAAAAGAAAAAAACAACAACAACAACAACUCUAAUCCGGAAUUGCUAUCUGUGCUGUUAGUCUUUGAGCACUAGUUUAAUCAUAAAUACAUAUAUUAAAAGAACAUCAAUAAAAUGAAAAAGCUAGCAAA